AUGCCUUUCCCGUAUCCUCCAAACAAUCCCUCGUUUUCCUCCCCCCAGCGACCAUUCGACAGCAACAAUUGGCGUGCUGCGAGUCGGAGCCCUGGAACCAGCGGGCUACCGGGCUAUGGCCUUUCACAAUCAGUUGGGAUAGCCAACAAUUUAAACGGUGUAUUCGGUGCCGGUCGUACCCUCCCUAUGUACAAGGAUAAGCCGUUUUUCGCUCCCCGGCGCACCGGGUCAAGGAGACGGGGGAAGCUUUUAAAGGGAGGGAUUAUGUUGUUAUUUCUGGCCUUCGUCUGGUUCUACCUAUCUAGGCCUGAUGAAUGGGGUAGAUCUGGUUUGAAGAUGCCCAACUCGGCCAAAGGGGAGGAGCUAUGGGCCUGGGUACAGCGCUUCGACGACGCAGAACCCGCCUAUGAUGGUGGUGAACAAAAGCCUGUUGACUGGAAUGCACGAAGAGAGAAGGUCAGGGAUGCUUUCAUCGUCAGCUGGGAUGGCUAUGAGCAGUAUGCAUGGGGAUUGGAUCAGUAUCACCCGAUUGCUAAAGGUGGAAAGACGAUGGUCGCCGGUGGCAUGGGUUGGCAGAUUGUCGAUGCGCUAGACACGAUGAUGAUUAUGAAUCUGACCUCGCGUGUCCAACAUGCUCGCAGUUGGAUUCACUACUCACUACGAUACAAUCAGGAUCAUGAUGUGAACACUUUUGAGACGACUAUUCGCAUGCUAGGCGGCCUUCUUUCAGCACAUUAUCUUUCUACCUCUCGUCCAGACCUCGCCCCGGUUGCCGACGACGACAUAGGCGCACCCGGGGAGGACCUGUAUAUCGAGAAGGCAACCGACCUGGCAGAGCGCUUGGCGGGGGCCUUUGAAUCCUUAUCUGGGAUACCCUAUGCUAGUGUGAACCUCAACACCUCCGAAGGGAUACCGUCGCAUGCUGACAAGGGUGCUUCGUCCACCGCCGAGGCUACCUCAGUGCAGCUGGAGUUCAAAUACCUUGCGAAGCUGACUGGCGAGGCGGAAUACUGGCGGAUUGUGGAGAAGGUCAUACAAGUCGUGGAUGACCAAAAAAUGGAGGAUGGUCUGUUACCAAUCUUCAUCAGCCCGGAAACUGGGAAGUUUACGGGGAACAAUAUCCGUCUAGGCAGUAGAGGGGACUCAUAUUAUGAGUAUCUCAUUAAGCAGUAUCUUCAGACCUCAGAGCAAGAGCCGGUGUAUAAGGAGAUGUGGGAUGAGGCCCUUGCGGGUAUCCGCAAGCACUUACUCGCGUACUCGAAAGGCGCUCGAUUGUUGGUCCUGGGCGAACGACCGUCGGGACUUCACAAGAGUCUGUUACCAAAGAUGGAUCAUUUGACUUGCUUCUUGCCUGGAACAAUUGCCCUGGGUGCAACUGGCGGAAUGCCCCUGUCGGUAGCCAAAAAGUCACCCGGAUGGACCCAGAGACAUGAUGAAGAGAUCCUGAUUGCGCGUGAGCUAAUGAAGACCUGCUGGGCGACGUAUCUCGCUACGUCGACGGGACUUGCUCCUGAAAUUGCCUAUUUCAAGCUGGAUGACACUCCGCUAAUGAUGAGCGACUUGUAUCCCCACUCCACCAUGAUUACAGGCAAUCGAGAGUCUCAGCAACAAGAUCUCCCCCUUCAGUCCCAGCCUCUUUAUCCGCUAGGCGAUAAAACAUUGAACUGGAGAAAUGAUAUCAACAUCCACAACCAAGAUCGGCACAAUCUGCAACGACCGGAAACAGUCGAGUCCCUUUUCUACAUGUACCGGAUUACUGGGGACGAAACUUAUCGGCACUGGGGCUGGGAGAUGUUCAAAUCCUUCAUCCGCCACACUGCCGUUGUCGAGAAUGAUCAACCUUCCUCGAACUCCAGAACGGAGGCUGACUCGAGCACCAGUUCCCAUGGCCGUCCGCGCAUUGUCGGCUUCACCUCGUUGUCGAAUUGCAACACCCUCCCUCCAGGACAGAGAGACAACACGGAGAGUUUCUGGAUGGCUGAAACCCUCAAAUACUUCUAUCUUCUGUUCUCCGAUCGAGAGUUUCUCUCUCUCGAAGAGAACGUGUUCAACACCGAAGCACACCCCAUGCCUCGUUUCAAACUAGGAGGCGACCUGAAGACGGGAUGGACACGAAAACUUAGGGAUCCAUAA